UAUAAAAGACAGUGAUAAACUGGAUGCUAUGUUGAGCAGUAUAACCCUGCCAGAUGCCAACAUGACUAUCGGAAAGAUUAUCUUCUACGAGGACAGGAACUUUCAGGGCCGCCAUCAUGAGUGCAGCAGCGACUGUGCCGACCUGCACCCCUAUUUUACCCAAUGCAACUCUAUCAGGGUAGAGAGUGGGUGCUUCAUGGUGUAUGAGCACCCAAAUUAUAUGGGACAGCAGUACUUCCUGCGAAGGGGGGAUUAUUCUGACUGUCAGCGUAUGAUUGGGUUCAGUAACUAUAUCAGAUCAUGCCGUAUGAUCCCCAUAUAUAAUGGUAACUACAGAAUGAGACUAUAUGACCGGGCUGAUAUGGGAGGUCAGAUGAUUGAACUCACAGAAGACUGCCCUAACAUCAUGGAACGCUUCCAUACAUCUGACAUCCACUCCUGCCACGUGAUGGACGGCCACUGGCUUCUAUACGAGCAUCCCAACUACAGGGGACGAAUGUACUACCUUGGACCAGGUGAAUACAGGAAGUACAGCGAGUGGGGAGGAACGGCCCCAAGAAUUGGGUCCCUCAGGAGAAUAACCACUUUCAACUAGACAACAUGAAUUGUCCAGCAACAUAUGCACUAAAUAAAUUCUCUUGAUUGAAA